CAAUCAAACUCCGUCGCUGCAUCUCAUUUCGCUGCGCCUCCGAAGCUGAGACCUAACCAUGCCGCCAAAGUUUGACCCCUCUCAAGUCGUCGAUGUUUACGUCCGCGUCACCGGAGGCGAGGUUGGUGCUGCCAGUUCCCUCGCUCCGAAGAUUGGGCCGCUCGGUCUUUCGCCAAAGAAGAUCGGAGAAGACAUUGCCAAGGAAACUGCUAAGGACUGGAAGGGUUUGAGAGUCACUGUCAAGCUUACCGUCCAGAACCGUCAGGCUAAGGUAUCCGUGGUUCCGUCUGCGGCGGCGCUAGUCAUCAAGGCCCUCAAGGAGCCGGAGAGAGACCGUAAGAAAACUAAGAAUAUCAAGCACAAUGGGAACAUCUCUCUCGAUGACGUGAUCGAGAUCGCCAAGGUUAUGAAGCCGAGAUCCAUGGCCAAGGACUUGAGCGGGACCGUGAAGGAGAUUUUGGGGACUUGCGUGUCUGUUGGUUGUACGGUCGACGGGAAGGACCCCAAGGAUCUUCAGCAGGAGAUUACUGAUGGUGAUGUUGAAAUUCCACAAGAUUGAAGGGAUAACUGGCUUUGAGAGAACUGAUAAGUAGUUUGGUGCUUCUGUGCUACAUGGCUUUCCAUUUUUGCCAUUGCGUCCUAAUACAAGGUUUAAGCCGCAUCUACAAGGUAUGUUUUUUCUUCUUUGACUUCUGGGCAUGGUCAUGUUUUGGUUAUGCAGAUGUAGAGGUAAUGCCCUGUUUUCAUGAGUGAAUAGUAUAGUUCAUCAAAUUUUAUGAAGAAGAUAUGAUCCAAUCCAGUCAUUAGAUGGUUUUGG